AUGCCGUUAAAAUUCAAGGUAAAUUGGAAAAACAUUUCUCCAGUAAGAUCACUAUGUAGUGUACUGGUCAUACUAAUAAUCAUUGCGCUUAUCCUUGCUAUUGUUACUGCCAUUCAUAAUCACAAAAAAUCUCAAUCCCACUCCAAACAUCAUCCUGAUCCUUCUUCUCCUGUGAUGUCGCCUUCAAGUUCUUUUCUGGAUAGUCUCCUACAAUCUAAUGCUGUCAAUCAGAAAUCUAAAGGAUUUUUCAUAAUGGGUGAUUCUUCAGUUGAUUGUGGGUUGAACACUCUGUUUUACCCUGUGCUUCGUCGUAAUCUUUCCUUAUUCCCUUGCUCUAAUGGCGAUGAUUCUUCUCUCAUUCCUUACUUUCUGGCAAAGAAGAUAAAUUUACCAGCCAUACCUACAUUCUAUGAGCAGAAUGGCACAAUUGAGGGCAUAGUAAACGGUUUAAACUAUGGUGCAGCCCAGUCCACAAUCCUAAGCCCGGCAAAUGGCCUGAAUUUCCAGACCCUCCACCAGCAAUUAAGGCAAGCAAUUGAGACAAUCCAACUCCUACACUUACAACUCGGUGAAUUGGAAGCCCAAAGCUUCAUCAGCUCUUCCGUGUUCUACUUGUCCAUAGGCAAAGAUGACUAUAUCAACUUUUUCUUUGAAAACGCAUCGUUUCCGUCAGAAUAUAACGGAAACACUGAGCUUUUUCCAAGGCUGUUGGUGGACGAGAUGAUGAAUGCCUUAAGAGGUCUCUAUAAUGAAGGGGUUAGGAAGAUUGUUGUGAUGGGAGUUUACCCUCUUGGUUGUGCUCCUAGGGCAGUUGUAGAUUGGUAUUUUCUAACUGGAAGAAAUAGAAGAAGAAUGAGGGUUUGUGUUAGUGAGAUUAAUGAGGUAAUUACACAGCAUAAUCAGCUAUUAAAUGAUGGGAUAAUUGAUCUUAACUUGGAGCUAAGUGAUGCUCAGUUUGUAUUCUGUGAUAUAUACCAAGCCUAUAUUCAGAUCAUGUCCACCCCACAAGCAUAUGGAUUUGAAGAUGUAAGAGGAGCAUGCUGUGGAAGAGGAUGGCAUGGAGCAGCAGAAGGGUGUCAAAACAUAGAGAAUGCUUGCAACCAAACAUCAACUCAUAUAUGGUGGGAUUUCUACAACCCAACUCAUGCUGUCAAUUCUCUGCUGGCUGACUCAGCCUGGUCUGGCCAACCAUUGGGUGACAUCUGUCAUCCUUUCAGCAUUCAAGGACUGAUGAAGCUUUAGCUUAAUGAUGAUGAUAAAUAAGAACCCUGUAAUUGGAUUUAGUUGCAAGCUUACUGCUUACUGCUUACUGAGUUAAAUUGAUUGUUUUACCAAUUACUCAGUAUUAGACUCGUAAAUGUACUUCUAAUAACAGUUCUGUAUGUAAAGUAUGUCAAUCAAAUAUUCGACCACAACGAAUGCGUUGUAUAACAAUGGUAU